CCGAAAGGCUACCCCAGCCUGCCGAGUUGGCUCCGUAUGGCAUGGUCUUAGCGUGGCGUACACCAGCCGCGUGAGCAUCAGCUUCAGUCAUCAUUAAACUAUCUAUGCUUUCUCUGUCAAUCUAAAACGCUAUGCCUCGACCAAAGAAACCCGGCGUCGAACCGAAAAGGAGAUCGCGAAAUGGUUGCUGGCCGUGUAAAGCUCGAAAAGUCAAAUGUGGAGAAGAAAAGCCGCGCUGUACCAAUUGCGAGCGCCAAGGGGAAACAUGCGACUACAGCAUACGACUUAACUGGGGAGGCCGCUCAAAGAAAGAAAAGACAGGUACUGGAUCUGAUGCUUCGAGUGCAGCGUCUGGUAGUCCGUACCAGUCCUCCUUCUCAUUUGAAGAGAACGUUUUUUCGUCUGCCCCCAACCAUCCGAUACGAUCACAACAUGCGCGAUCAACAUCUAGAACAUCUCCACCUAGAUCUACGCAUUCGAUUGAUCCGGCUUUGAUUCAAACAAAGCCGCAUGAUGCCACCCGUACUGAAGCGUUGGGUGGGGACCUCUACCUUCAAAACCAAACGUUCACGUCUGUUCCCUACGACCAAACACAGUAUCAGAGUACUGUCGACGCUAGGUCACAUCUCACAUAUAAUUCGGGUGCUUCCAAUUCCCGUGACGCUGGAUUCACCUAUGCAAACGCUACAAUGCCGCCGCCACUGCCGGGUUCGAUAGAUUCGAUGGCUAAACGGCAGCAGUAUGGCUUCUCUGCAGACUCGAGCGCACCAGCGUUCCCAGACACAAAUUCACCAAACGCACUUUCGCCAACGCCAUAUAGCCCCUACUCGGCCAUGCCGCUAACACCGAUUUCAAUUGGCUCGGAAGGAAACAUCACGCAAACAUCAUCAACACCGCAAAACUCAGCACAAACACCGCCAGAUCUCCGUCGUGUAUCUGUGCAGUCUCUCAUCAACGAUCUUCCAAGAAAGAGAUCACGCCCGUCCGGUGACGAGGUCGGACGUGGUCGACAAUACCCAAUUGCUGAUUCUGCUUCUACCACCUACGGAUACGACCUGGGUCUCCCUGACAUCGAUACUCCGAGGAAUGACGACUUCUCUGCUAUCGCCAUCUUCAGCCCACAAAGCAAUACCAUGGGAUUUAACGAUGAUACCCCGUAUGGUAGCGCUGAACCCCACGGCAAAGAUAUGGCCUUCGAAAGCGGGGGGUAUUAUGCAAAACCAGUUCCGAUCAGGAUUUCGAAGUCUCUAGAGCCGCUGCCGCCGCUGCUCAUAGAGAAUCAGAUGAAUCUCUUGUACUUCCAUCACUUCAUUAAUCACACAGCGCGGGUUCUCGUCAACCAUGACUGCGAGCGGAAUCCAUUUCGCGAAAUCUUACCAGAGAUGGCUGUACAAGACGAGAACAUAAUGAACCUUCUUCUCGCCUAUAGCGCCGCACACCGAGCACGUAUGCUCAAUCAUCCCGAGCCCUCAAAUCGCAUCGCCGUCUGGGUGCAAGACGUGUUCCCCAAGCUACGUGAAGCGCUCAACAAUGAUCCCAACACUGUAUCCGACAGUACUUUAGCAGCAGUGAUAAUGAUGGCGAGUCUGGAGGUUAUAUCUUCUGGAACGUUCGAGGUACCCGUAUCCUGGCAAAGCCAUCUAACCAUGGCACGCCAGAUGAUCAUCCAGCGCGGCGGACCAAAGGGCAUGGGACGCCAUGAUCGCGUGGCCUACUUCCUUUCGCGAUGGUUCGCGUACCUCGACGUUCUCGGCUCACUGAGUGGGAACAAGAACGACACACCCCUUGGUUCCUUCUACUGGUCUAGCAAAAAUGCUUCCGCGGACGAAGAUUUUGAGAUUGACUGUCUAAUGGGAUUUACAACAAGAUGUGUAGGAUCCUUGGCUCGCGUUUCUGAACUAGCGAAGCGCUGCGAACCGCAGCGCAUUGAUGAAGAAGGCAACGUGAGGGAGGGCUGGACUCCUAGCCCUGAGAUCGUAGAUGAAGCCGUUGAGCUUCGUCACGCAUUGGAGGAAGGCUUACUGGGCCGCAACAUCAGGAAAGGAUGCAACCACCGCUCGAGUACUUCCUCUGAGUCUGAAGGUGCAUGGGAUGCGACCGAGAUCUACGCGACAAACGAAUUAUUCCACUGGGCGGGUCUAAUCCACUUGUAUCGUCGCGUUCUCGGAAAACCCGUCAUGGACCACGAAGUUCAGCAAGCCGUGCGAGAGAUUGUGGGCCUACUGUACAAGAUCCGGAGAGGAAGCACAGCAGAGGCAUGUUUGAUCUUUCCCAUGUUUGCUGCUGGCUGCGAUGCGCAAGAUGAAGGACAGAGGGAGAAGAUCAUCGAGCGGCUGAGGAGUGUGGAGGGCUUCGGACUGAACCAUGUACCCAAAAUCAGUACGCUCAUGAAGAGCGUCUGGGAUACCGGCAAACCGUGGGAGUCGCUCGUCUCUGGCGAGUUCUUCGGUUGAGAAUACCUUUAUGAAGAUAUAUUGCAUUGCUAACUAGGGGUCCACGAAUCGAUGCAAUGACUAUGACAAGUCACCAACUAGCCCCAACGAGUGCUAGUAAUACUACAGUCAUGUCGAUCCCGUAUUUGUAAGUUGAGAGAGCAAAGAACCCGAGAGUACGACCAGUCGGUAGAUU